CGUAUAAAUAGCAGCGCGCGCUAGGCGCAGCUGUAGUGCCCCGCACGACACUCUGCUCUGCUCGCCCCAGUCGCACCCACACGGCAGCCGUAUCAACAUGAGGAUCUUGGUGGUUCUGGCGAUUGUUGCGUCCUGCGCUGUGGCUCAGCGCGGUCCGCUGAGGGGUCAGCCGCAGGCGCUGCCGCAGUACCCUGAGGAUGACGGGGCGCAGCCGCAACCCUUCUCGGCCCCGCAGCCGUCUCCCCGAGCCAUCGGCCAGCCACAGCCGGACCCGCGCCCGAGAGAUGAGCGCUACACCACGCCCAUCCCCAUCGUGCGCUUCGACAAGGAGCAGAGUGCCGACGGCAGUUACAAGACUAGCUACGAGACGGGCAACAACAUCGUGGCAGAGGAGACGGGCUUCCUGAAGAACGUGGGCGACAAGGACACGGAGGCGCUGGUGCAGCACGGGUCCUACUCGUACACGGCUCCCGACGGCUCGCUCAUCACCAUCACGUACACGGCCGACGAGCAGGGCUUCCGCGCCGAGGGCUCGCACAUCCCCACGCCGCCGCCGGUGCCCGAGGAGAUCCAGAAGUCGCUCGACCUCAUCUAUGCAGGCAUCAAGCAACAGCAGGAGGAGGAAGCGAGAAACCCAAAAUUCCAGCAGAACCUGGCUGAUGGCGCCCUUCCAGAGGAACCUGACAACUACCCGACACCCAGCAGGUUCCGCCAGUAGUGACUAUCCGGCGCACGAGGUGACACCGCGUAUAUACGGACAAUUCUCGCACCACGCGUAACAGGGGCGUGCGCGCGUGACAAGUGGUAAAAGGCGAAGCAGUGCAUCCGAGCAACUAAGUUCACUUGACGGAGCCCUGGGAAGACCGCUUUAAGUUAUUCCAUUCCACUGCGUCCUCUUCACUUUAUGCACCUGGUCUCCAUUCGUUUGUAGCAUUAUUUAAGGUUCUUAGAGAAUGUAAGAAGUGAUGACAUUGCUACUAAACUGGUAUGACAAAGAAUACAGGCGAGAAUCUUGACACUUAGUCUUAGAUAUUAAGACUUUCUUAAGUUUCUUGCAUUUCACAUAGUCUCUGUGUGUUUUUGUACUCAUUAUUGUUGUAGUGUGCAUUUCAUUUUAUACACACAUAUACAUAAAGUAAACUAUUGUUGGACACGACUUGCCAUUAUAAUCAUUCGUCAAACUGUGCCAAAAUUGUGUUUCAUUCUCAGAAAUAAAUGUUGUUCAACAAGGCAAA